AUGGGCGACGGGUGGGACGCGCGCCACGGCGCCAUCCUCGGCGUCGACACCCCCGACACGAUCGCGCUCGUCACCGCCGCGGAUCUCGUCGCGCCGCGCCCGUGCGAGCUCGUCCCGGAGCUGCCGAUGUACCUCGUGAACCGCGGCGACGACAUCUUGGAGCUGUGGGAGCGCGUGGAGUCGUUCGUCGCGGCGAGCGCGUCGUCGGAUUCAUCGUCGGAUUCGUCGGAUGCGUCGUCGUCGGUUUCUUCGUCGUCGCGACCCGAGCUGCACCCUCCCUACUUCGCCGUGCCGUGGGCGGGGGGGCAGGGCGUCGCGCGGUACGUGCUCGACAACCCGGAGUGCGUCGCGGGGAAGAGGGUCCUGGACGUCGGCAGCGGAUGCGGCGUCGCCGCGCUCGCGGCAGCGGCGGCGGGCGCGGCUGAGGUGACGGCGAACGACGUCGAUCCGUUGGCGUCCGUGGCGUUUCGCGCCAACGCGCGGCUGUGCGGUCUCUCGGGCGCGUCCUCGUUUCACACUGAAUGGUCCCCAUACGACCGCGUUCGCGUGGUGAACGCCGUUUCUUAA